AGCGGGUCGCGGUGUGCCAGUGGGUCCGGGUCGUAGCUUUGGGUGCAGCUAUGAUCUAGGCGAGACAGCAACGGGCGUCUGGCCGAGAUUAAGGUUGUAGUACUAAUAACUCAGAUGCACCCACCCCAGCACUCGUUGUCGCCAACCCCGAGACCCCUCCGCAUCUUCGCAACCGGGACGGUCUUCCUCACCCACACCCUCUUCCUGCCCUCCUACCCCCACCCGGGCAGCGCAUCGCGCGCACAGGCAGUCCAAACAUCGCGUGGGGGAGCGUCUGGCCAUGUCCUUGCUGUGCUUGCUCAGCUCGGCGUAACCGUCCCGUCCGCGGGCGAGGUCGAACCCAUGCUCAUCGCGUCUCUCGGCAGCAACACCGAAGCUCAGCGACUGCGCGACGUACUCGAAACAUCGGGCGUCCGCACAAAGUACUGCAAGAUUUGGCCGGGUCUCGGGGUACCCACCGCAUGGGUCAUGCAAGCCCGCGACAUCCGCGAACGAACCGUCAUCAAUCACAAUCCCCUCCCGGAUGUCUCACAUGAAGACUUCAUCGCAUUGCUAGGACCAGUCCUCGCACCAGAAAACUACGUCGGAUAUACCCAAAACCAACUCCAGCCGCCAACGGGCAUCGUCAGGGAACAACAGUCGAGUUCCCCUGUUCCCAUCUUUCCCAACACUCUCGCACCUUCAGCACCCCGCCCAUCCACCUCCGCACGUCCGGGAACCUCUUCGUCUUCACAUUCAGCUCCUCCGUCUCCCCACGCAUUCAGGGUCCCUAGCCAGACACCUCACUCUCCCGCUCCUUUCGACUGGCUCCACGUCGAGGGCCGCAGCAUACGCACUACAGUCGCCAACAUACUGGGUGUCGAUGGUCUCGCCAGAGAACGCAAGUGGCGAUCCCAUUGUGUGAUCAGCAUUGAUCUGGGCCGCAGGGCACGCGAGGGCGCAGAAGUGCUUCUCCCACAUGCAGAUGUCAUCUUUCUAUGCACCACGACCUUCCCAUCCCUCUCGUCCUCACCAAUAUCGUCACCUAAUUCUACGCCCACCCUCCGCGCAAUAUUGCUCUCCCUCGCUCGUCAUGCGCGACCGCACGCCCUACUCGUUCUGAACGCAGGCCGUGAAGGCGCCGCCCUCCUUAGCAUUCCAACUCGCGAGUACUUCCAAAGUUCAUGCUGGUCCCCGCCUCCACGAUCAUCGCAAAACGCCUCUCAUGCCCACUCCAACUCAACUGCAACCACCUCGAAUGGCACACAUCCUCGGGACGGCGUCGAGAGCGUGCGUUCCGGUUCAGACUUUUGGGCAAGCGCAGAGGCGGCAGAUACGUCUCUAGCUUCACGCGACAGCGCUUCCAACGUGGGUUCUCCCGGUGAGAUGAGCAGACAAGGAAGCCCUCAUCCCCGUUAUAGUGGAGAAUCCUUCCAUCCCUUCGACGACGGCGAUGAAGGUGAGGACGGGGAUGGGCAUGGUGAGGAUGGGCGACACACGCCCCAGCCUCGUCGAACACAGCCUGAGCCUGAACGUGUUGAGGAGGAGGAGGAGCUGGACGAAGAAGGUGCCCAUGCUGCGUUCGUAGCAGGAAUGAUAUGGGCGUUGAGUAGACGCCUUUUACCUGGUCCACCAUACACGCCGGAAAACAACCCGAAUGGAGAUGUAAGAAAGGAUGGGAAUGUGGGAGACUUGGGAGUACGAUGGAGAUUAGACGAAUGCCUUCGGUUCGCUACGGAGAUUGCAGGUCGCAGAGGUCAUGCAAGUCCGGCUGCGAAUAGCACCCCUAGCAUGGUAGGGAGUACGGUAAAAGAAAGCAGUGAAUGGGACGGGCUAGGCGAGGAGAUGCGUCGUGCUGGAUGGUUUGACUGAACUCCCCCCUUUUUUUCUUUUUCUUUCUUUUAUGAUUGCAUGAGACGCGAAUGACAAGGGCAUAAUAU